UUUACUCUCUACAGUCCGUGUUGACGGCAAUGUCUGCAGUCGCUUCCGGUCCGGCACCAAAUGGCGCUUCUAUAGAUGUCAAGCCUCAGGAAAGCUUAUCCGUAGAAUUGCAGGAGCCCCACAAGAUGCAGAGAACACGAAGUGGAGGCAUCCAAAUGGGCGAUGGCACACUCUAUGUUUCCAGACCAUUUCGGACAAAUGGAAAUAACAAAUCGCGUGCUAUCAUCAGUUUCGUACCACGAAAUAGCACUUUCGACCCACAAAACUCGCGCAAUCCAAAUGAGUUUCGAGGUUUCUACACACUCUUUUGGAUCUCAAUGUUCCUCCUCGUGAUACAAAACUAUGUCGUCACUAUGGAGAAGAACGGCUAUCCAAUUGAAAUGGCGUUCGCCGCAAUGUUCUCCCGACAUGCUUUCACACUUGCUCUCUCUGACGGCGUUUUGGUAUUGAGCACUGGAUUUUGUGUUCCGUUUGCUAUUGCGUUGAAGAAGGGCUGGCUUAACUUUUCUCCGUGGGGUGUCGUUAUUCAGCAUACGUUCCAAACGCUUGUGCUAGCUGUUGCCGUAACAUGGACAUUCAAAAGGAAAUGGCCUUGGGUACAAUCCGGGUUCCUCACACUACACUCCCUCGUGAUGAUCAUGAAAAUGCACUCUUACAUGAGCACGAACGGCUAUCUACAGAAUGUACAUCGGAACUUCGAAAAGACGAUGGCAAAGCUACGCUCAGCCACAUCAAAUGUCGGAGGAUGGGACGUUGCAAUCGUCGAGGCAGCUUCACAUGUAGUAGACGAGCCAACUCCUCAAUCAUCUCCGGAAGACCUGGGUGCAUCUCCUAGUAUCACGCCGAUACCAGGUGGGACACAACGAAGUUACAUUGACGGAGACGUUGCUAUUGCUUUGCGCAAGAAGUUGCUUUCGGUUCCGGAUGAGAGGAACGAGUCUAGACAUGAGAAAGUUAUGCAAAUUCGAAAAAAGAUAGCAAAUGACUUUGCUGUAUUGGUGCAUCAUCCGAACCAGGACGUUGCUGCGCUUGCGGAAGAACUCGUAGAGAUGGAAGAGGAGCUCACCAGCCAGGGGCCGGAGAAAGUGCGAUGGCCGGAUAAUAUUAGCUUGAAGUCCUUUGCGGACUAUAUGUUGAUCCCGACGCUUGUUUACGAGUUGGAGUACCCGCGAACCGAUAGAAUUCGACCAUUAUAUGUAUUCGAGAAGACCGUGGCGACUUUCGGAACGUUUGCUUUGUUAUAUACCAUCACAGAGAACUUCAUACUCCCUCUCGUGCCGACUAGCCGAGACCAGUCGUUCUUCCGUUCUUUGCUGGACUUGGCGUUACCUUUUAUGAUUGCGUAUUUGUUACUCUUCUAUAUCAUCUUUGAGUGUGUUUGUAAUGGGUUUGCUGAAUUAUCUCGUUUUGCAGAUAGGCAAUUCUACGAAGAUUGGUGGAACUCGACGUCAUGGGAUGAAUUCGCGCGCAAAUGGAACAGACCCGUGCAUACCUUCCUAUUACGACACGUCUACGCAUCGUCGAUAAAGAGUUACAAGCUUAGCAAGAAAUCAGCUAUGCUCAUUACGUUCUUCUUGUCUGCGUGUUUGCAUGAAUUGGUUAUGGCUAUUGUUACUAAGAAGAUUCGGAUGUAUCUCUUCAUGCUCCAGCUCAUCCAAAUUCCACUAAUUGCCAUUGGCCGCAUGCCCUUCAUCAAGCGAAACCAAGUCGUGGGCAAUGUCGUGUUUUGGGUUGGCCUUUAUGCAGGCUUCCCACUGCUUUGUGUUGCGUAUUGCGCAUAUUAAAUUAAUUGGAAUGGAACGUAGGGAACAGAACGGAACACAGGGAAGAGAAGGUUCGACAUCACGAAACACGAACAUACAUCUAUUUGUCGUGCUAGGUCGGGAAAGAUCAUACUGGCUGAUAUCCAGUUGUGGGCUCGAAGAGACGAAAACGAAACACGAGCGUCUACCUAUUCGGUAAUUGCGAGUCGAGAAAGAAGUUUCUUGAUUACGGGAAGGAGGAAAGGAGAGAAGGAAACACAGUAUUAGCUGAUAUCUAUCUUGAUUAACAACUUGCAUAUGUGUACACACAUACACGUGCACUGUAUUUAUGGUAG